GUCAGGGCGGCGGUAGCGGAAGCUUCUCCCGGCUCCAUGUCCCGGAACCAGCCGCGCCGCCGCCCCACGGUCGCCGCCACCUGCCGGGCCGUCCGCGCCGGCAGCAUGACAGCACCCGUCCCCGCCGCCGCCCGCAGGUGACACCCCCGCGGGCCCUCCCGCCAGGGCGGCGGCGGCCGCGGCCGCAGCCAGGCGCUCCCCUGCCCCCUCGUCUCCUAUAUGGGCCACCUGCUUUCCAAGGAGGCAGCCAGCCUAAGCCGGGAGAGGGGCCGCCGCUGCCGGCGGAGGAAGGUGCCGCCGCGGAGCCGGAGCUGCUUCCUGCGCGGGCCCUGCAUGCUCUGCUUCAUCGUGCACAGCGCCAGCCCGCCCGCCCCCGAGCAGCCGCUGCCCGGCAGGGACCCCCUGCUGCCGCCGCCGCCCUACGCGGCCCUCGGCGCCGCGGAGCAGCGCGCCGCCCGCCGCCUGCUCCGCCUCCCGCCCGCCGCCUGGGAGCCGCGGGGCCGCUGCCAGCGCCUGCUGCUCUCGGGCCUGCUGCCCUCGCCGGUGCGGAGCCUCCUGGGGCCGGCCAGGCCGCCCGGCGAGGUCGCCUCCGAGAUGGUGUGCAAGCGCAAGGGGACCGGCCUGCCCGCCUGCCCCCCUUGCAAGCAGCCGCGCUGCGGGGCCGCCGCGGAGCCCGAGGCCGCCGCCUGCCAGUGCCCGGCGGAGCCGCAGCCCUGCGCCCUGCCCUCCGCCGCCGACUGCGCGGCUGGCGGCGGGGGCGCGCCGGCCCGGGGCCCCGCCGGCGAGAGCGGCAGCGGCGGGCAGCCCGCCUCGCCGCCGGCGCCGGACGAGGGCGAGAAGGAGAGGAGCAGCGAGGCGGGCUGCGAGGAGCCGCUGGAGCAGCCCGGGGACUGCUGCCGGGAGCCGCUGCCGCCGCCGGCCCCCGACAUCAACCAGCUGCCGCCCUCCAUCCUCCUCAAGAUAUUUUCCAAUUUAUCCUUGAAUGAGCGUUGCCUUUCAGCAUCUUUAGUCUGUAAAUAUUGGCGUGACCUGUGUUUAGAUUUUCAGUUUUGGAAGCAGCUGGAUCUCAGUAGUCGUCAACAGGUUACUGAUGAACUACUGGAAAAGAUAGCAUCAAGAAGCCAGAAUAUUACUGAAAUCAAUAUUUCUGAUUGUCGCAAUGUAUCGGAUACGGGAGUAUGCAUAUUAGCAUUUAAAUGUCCUGGACUCCUAAGGUAUACUGCCUACAGGUGUAAGCAGCUUUCUGACACCUCUCUUAUUGCAGUUGCCUCUCAGUGUCCUCUUCUUCAGAAAGUACAUGUAGGGAAUCAAGACAGACUCACUGAUGAAGGCCUAAAGCAGCUGGGUUCAAAGUGCAGAGAAUUGAAAGAUAUUCAUUUUGGGCAAUGUUACAAGAUCUCAGAUGAAGGAAUGAUCAUUAUAGCUAAAGGCUGUCUGAAGUUACAAAGAAUAUACAUGCAAGAAAACAAAUUGGUGACAGAUCAGUCAGUGAAAGCAUUUGCUGAACAUUGUCCCGAGCUGCAGUAUGUUGGUUUUAUGGGCUGCUCUGUUACAUCUAAAGGAGUCAUUCACCUCACCAAUCUAAGAAAUCUUUCCAGCUUGGAUCUACGUCAUAUCACAGAACUGGAUAAUGAAACCGUGAUGGAAAUAGUAAAGAGAUGCAAAAACCUUAAUUCCCUCAAUCUCUGUCUGAACUGGAUCAUUAAUGACAGAUGUGUGGAGGUGAUCGCUAAAGAAGGCCAGAACCUGAAGGAGCUGUAUUUAGUAUCCUGUAAGAUCACUGACUAUGCUCUGAUAGCUAUUGGACGAUACAGCAUGACAAUAGAGACGGUGGAUGUUGGAUGGUGCAAAGAAAUCACAGACCAUGGAGCCACCCAAAUUGCACAAAGCAGCAAGUCCCUCAGAUACUUAGGGCUGAUGAGAUGUGAUCAGGUGAAUGAAGCCACGGUGGAGCAGCUAGUGCAGCAGUAUCCGCAUAUAACCUUCAGUACUGUACUACAGGAUUGCAAGAGGACGUUGGAGCGGGCUUAUCAGAUGGGCUGGACACCCAAUAUGUCCACUGCCUCUUAACCUCCUGUGCUGCUGUGGCAGUUCUGCACUGCUGCGCUCAGUAGAUCUAAUGGGGACUGCAGAUUUUAUUUGUACAAUGUUGCGGGAAUAUUUUAAACUUUCUUUUUAUCCAUGUUUUAUUUUCUACAAAAUAUAUAUUGAGAAAUCACUUAUUCCAAAAUAAGUCUCCUUAUUUUUUUUUUUUUUUUAUUUUUAAAACAAAUUUUUGUCUCAUUUUUAAUGAUGAAAAUGUUAUGUUUCUUCUCUCUUGGAAACUGUGGGAGAGAAACUGGACUGUGAUGUAGUCAGAUACUUGCAACUAUCCAGAAUAUUCAAUCGUUGUUCUAAAAAUCUGCAGGCCCCCAAAGAUAAAGAAGAGGGUUCACAACCUUUCAUAUGAUGCAAUAUAAUUGUGAGUUUACACAGGUUACAGUGAAGUGGAAACAGCUAUAAACUGACUUUGAUGUACUGUACAACCAUACUAAUAUUGAAGCAAAACUUCAGAAAUGCAUCGUAUCUUUGUUUGCAUAAAAGAUAUAAAAGCCUUUGGCAGACUUCUUGAAGUGGAUUCCUACUAGUUCUAUGGAUAGCUUGAAAUUAUAGAAGAUAUUAAGCUUGUUUUCUUCUGUUUCCUUUCCUUUGCCUUGGUCAUGUGCGUUUCCUUCGAUUUGUACAUGGUAACUCCGUGCUAGCAGCAGUGUAAUUGAGCAGUUAGGCCUGUGCUGAAUCUGGGAGCUCAGCUCGACGCUUAUUAUUUACCUAGGCUAAAGCUACCCCAGGAGCUUUAAGAUGCACAGUAAUAAGAGAAUCUGCAAAGAAUUGUGAUUUUCUUAUAAACGUUUUGAUAAUUACGCAAAUUAUUAUUUUGAAUGGAAAUCUUAGUAAAUGAUGAUAAUGAUGGAAUGGAUAUUUAAUGGACAAUCUUCUUUUCUAUUACUGAACUGCAGAAGUGAUUUCUUGUUUCAUUUUGUUUUGUUAAAAUGGUCCUAUAGGAGAUGCUGUACAGAUUUCUAAAUCUUUGCACCUUGCCAUUUUUGUAAUAGGUGAGUUAACAGUGCUUUUACCUUUAACUUAACACUGAUAACCGCUUCCCACUUCGUAAAGUCAGAUGCUGAAUUGAAGACAUCAGCUGUCAGAAAUAAGUUAGCAGACAAUAUUUAAAUAUCUUGCUGAAAAACUUACUUUACUUUUUUUUUUUUUUUUUAAUGAUCUCCUCUGGCUAUGCUGUUAUGUUGCUGAAUUGUGAAAUUCAGAAGUCAGGAAGAGUUUGGUUUCAUGUGUGGUGAUUAUUUUAGAACAGAUCUCUCGAUGCAAGGAGUGCUGACCUCAAAAAGGGCAUCUAAAAAUGACUCCAAGCAGAGGUAUCGUUUUGUAGGAUCAGGGGCUAACUGGCUAACUCUGGAAGCAAUUUCUCAGGAUGAAGAAUAGUACUUACAUCCUCUAAAUUAUGCAUCCUAUGCAUUGUACUGAUUUUCAUAUUUGUUCCUCAACUUUUUUGGCUACCUUAAUAGCAGUAUUGUUUCUUUUUCUUUUUAACAGAAAACUGAUUUGCAAUAUGGUGUAUGCAGGAAAAUAGCCAGAUUAAAUACAUAAAGAGUUCGAUUUUCUCCGUGUCACAUCACAUUCUUAGGAGUUAAAUUUGACAGAUGGAUAGUGAAAUUACAGACAUUGCAGCUUCGGUUUGAAGUUACUCUAACCUUUAGAGUAUUACCAUUUGGUUGCGAAUGUUUUUGAGGUGUGUUACACUGGAUAUUUGCUUUAUAAAGGUUACAGUGUUUUAAUCCAAAAUAUGAAAUGCUCAAGCUUCAGCUGAAGCGUUGCCAUUAUUGUCAAAAUGUUUUACUAAUCUGGAAGGUCUGGUGCAACAUAACCUGGGAAAUGUUUAGUAUGCCUGUAUAAAUUUAUUGGACUGUAUGUUGAUUUCAAUAGCGUAAUUCUUGACAACAGAAACAUCAGCUUACAGUAAUUCCAGUGAUGAUGGUGAAUGUUUUCUUAUUAGACUUUUCAAAAUGAGGAUGAACAAAUUUCUCUGGAAAUACAUAUGGUAAAGUUUUUGCUUGAAAUACCGUAAAUACAUGUGAACAUGUACAAUGCUGGGCUUUUUAUCUACUCCAAAAUGGCAACAAUAUUUUCAGAAUAAAGCCAAUUGAUUAUAUUGCA